UUCCAUAUUAGAAACAUUUCAAUUCUCUUCCAAAGCAAUCUCUUGUCUUUUGGCCUCUUCUCUCUCUCCCCCUCAAUCUGCUCUUUUAUUAUACAUACACACAUAUAUAUAUAUGUGUGUGUGCUCAGUUUGCUCUCCAUAGCCAGCCUCAGUCUCUUUUUCUUCCCUUUUGUUUAGUGUUUUCUUUAGAAUAUUCUUUUGUUCCUCAAAUCUUUUCUCCAAAACAUAAGGAUGACUGGUGUAUCAGAUGGAGAAAGUGUUUCUCUCGAUCUUCUCAAGAAGAAAAUGGCGGAGUUUGCUCAGGAAAGGGACUGGGAUCGAUUUCACAGCCCCAGAAACCUGCUUUUGGCUCUGGUGGGUGAAGUUGGAGAACUAUCAGAGAUAUUUCAAUGGAAAGGAGAGGUGCCAAAGGGACUCCCUGACUGGAAAGAAGAAGAGAAAAUUCAUCUUGGUGAAGAGCUCUCUGAUGUUCUGCUGUAUCUUGUGAGGCUAUCUGAUAUAUGUGGAAUUGAUUUGGGCAAAGCUGCUCUAAGAAAAGUAGAACUGAAUGCAAUCAAGUACCCAGUAGGCAUGUGCAAAGGCUCUUCAAAGAAAUACAACAGCAAUAAUGACAAUGACACACUCUGAACUGAUGAUCUGAAUCAGACCAGUUGACUGAGAAACCUUUUUAUUUUUGCCUGCUGCCCUGAAACACAUCCUUGGCUUCAAGACUUUUUGGGCCUUUUUGUCCAGUUUGUGCCUUUGUCUGGGAGAUAGACAAGUGUUUUAGGUAUUUAGUAGAGUUUUUUUUUUUUUUCCUUUUCCAUGUGGCAGAGGUAGCAGGCAAGUGUAGGAGUAAGCAGACUGCAUGGAAAUUAGUAUGGGUGGCUUUGUUUUUGCUUUUAUUCUUGGUUUUUUUCAAAACCCUUUUGACAUAUGAUGUGAUCUUUUUGUAAGAAUUAUGAAGAAGAUAGACCAAAAUGAACAAACUUUGUGUCUUGGUAUU